GUCCAUAUUUGGGGUACCAAAGUGAUAGUUUCGAAACCUUGGGUAUAGAAAUUACGAGUGGGCCUGAGGUUGGGUACUGUUUGUAUUUUUUUCCCUAAAAUUAAGGGACCGCUAAAGUGCUCGAUCACUUGCAUGUGUCGAUCAUGCUAUUCCAGGCGUCCAUUUCUUGGUUAUCAUGCAUAAAUUCAUGCGGUCUUAUUAAUUAACAAACGUGGCAAAAGUCCCAGACGGUCCAGUACGGGACACGUACAUACCACAACCACCGGCACAUAUAUGCAACAUCACAUUCACUUGCUCAGUUGCUCUCACUUCUUCUUGAUCCACCACGACCUUCUUAUGUUGUAGUUUACUAGCUACUAGCUAGCAUUUCUCGCACUCUCUUAUGCGGGUCACAACUCUAGCCUCUAAUUAAGUUUUACCUUCAGUUAACUAGCUUUACCUUCACAUACCGGUGAGGAAGAUGGAAAAGAUAUCGUCACUGGGUGGGGCUGGGUUGAACCACCUCUCCAUUGCAGUCUUUCUGCAUGGUUUCUCUACGUUCAUGGUGAUUCCGGCAAUUACCGAUGUUACUACGUCUGCUUUUUGUCCUGGAAAAGACCAUUGCUCCUUGGCUAUUUACCUCAUCACUGGAUUUCAACAAAGCUAUAUCUAGCUAUCAAUCAUGUUCUUUCUUAAGUUAGCGUACGUACGUAGAUAACUAGCUUCCAUUCAUGCAUCUUCUUCUUCAUAUUUCCGGCAACUUUAUCGAGAACAGUUCGUCUGAAUUUAAUUUCAUUACUCAGUAUUCCGCUCAUUGCAUCAUAUAUAAUAUAUUAAUACUAACCCAAUUAAUAUUUAUAAAUAAAGAGAGUGAGAAAGAAGGAAAAGCACGUACGCCUUGUAUUCUGGGCACUUCGAAACAAAAAGACUUGAAGCUGAUGAUCAGUUAUGAAGAAAUUAAGAGGAGAUCGUAGGGCUGGGAACACUGGUGAUGAUGCCUUUGGUAGGGAAUCUCUCAGACAAAUGUGGGAGAAAAGCUCUGCUCACACUUCCAAUGAUUUUCACUAUAAUCCCCUUAGGAAUAUUAGCCUACAGCAGGACUAGGAAUUUCUUCUAUGCGUACUUUGUGGCCAAGACUCUCACUGCCAUGGUCUGCGAAGGCAGCGUUCACUGCCUCGCCCUUGCCUAUGUGGCGGAUAAUGUUCCAGAAGGACGACGAGCCUCGACGUUUGGAAUUCUAUCAGGGAUUAGUUCCUCUGCCUUCGUCUGCGGAACCCUAUUUACUCGUUUUGUAUCCACUACCUCAAUGUUUCAGGUGGCGACAACGGUGGCGGUUGUAGCAGUAAUGUACAUGAGGAUUUUCCUACCGGAUUCGAUUAUAGACGAUAACAUUUCCGCUCCAUUGCUCUCAAAUGAAAACCCAAAAGUUUCGAAUUCGGAUGAAAAUUCAAAUGCGGAAUUGCAGUCCUCUACAGCUUUACCUUCAUUACCUGAUAUAAUCGCAUUGUUGAAAACUAGCCCUACAUUUUCCCAAGCUGCAAUUGUUGCGUUUUUCAGCCAUCUGGCCGAUGUUGGCCUUCAUGCUUCACUAUUGUACUAUUUAAAGGCCCGGUUUCACUUCAACAAGGAUCAGUUUGCUGACCUAAUGGUGAUUUCGGGGGUUGCAGGCACUAUUUCACAGUUGGUUCUCAUGCCCUUACUGGCUCCUGUUUUAGGAGAGGAGAGGUUACUUUCGAUAGGGCUUCUUUUUGGCUGUGCACAUAUGUUUUUUUAUGGCCUUGCGUGGUCCUUCUGGGUUCCAUAUGCUGCUGCUAUGUUCUCUAUCUUUUUUGUGUUUGCACAGCCAUGUAUGCGAAGCAUUGUAUCUAAACAAGUUGGGCCGUCUGAGCAGGGAAAGGCUCAAGGGUGCAUUUCAGGCAUAUGCUCCUUUGCAAAUGUUAUAUCUCCCUUUGCUUUCUCUCCUCUAACAGCUUUGUUCCUGUCUGAAAAGGCACCAUUUAAUUUUCCUGGUUUUAGUAUCAUAUGCGUUGGAUUUGCUGCGAUGAUAGCCUUUAUUCAAAGCGUGAUGAUAAGGGCUGCUCCUCCCAUAUCAAGUGAACGGGUCAACAGCAAUUGCAAUCGCAUGGAACCCUAGUUUUCAUAUUCCGAGCAGAAAUUUUUCAUUGUCCGGCACACCAAGAAUUGUCGAGUUGUAAUGGUUAUCUUGUCUUAGCGUUUUGCUUUCUAUAAAUUAUAAAUAUCAACAAUUUUUGGUUGAUCUUUGGGAUUGGGAGGUGGCAUUGUGGAGAGUGGUUUUGUUUUCACCUUCACCAGAACAAGAUGCUGAUAACCCAAUCACAUAUCUAUUUCAUGAGAAGUUUAGAAAUUGGAUUGUAUAUAUUGAUAACAUAAGAUCGAACAGAAUGUAUUAGUAUGUAUUUGUUGCUUGA